AUGGAUAAAAUUCAAUUGAACAUGCAACUUAUACCAGGUUAUAUUAAAACAUCAUUAAAAAUCAUUACUAUUGGAUCGAAACGUAUUAUUGAAAGAUUACUACCAAAAGUGCUUGAAAAUAUUGAAACAACAACUCAUGAAUGUGCUCAAUUUGCCAAUAAUUCAGCAGAUAAACUUUUUUAUUUAAAAGUAUUAACGGGAAAAAUAGUUGCAUUAACAAAGGUAGUCGAUACUAAAAGUAAUAAAAACAGCGACAAUAUUAAAAAGAAUUUAACUGCAUUAUCAAUUGCAAAAGAAUUACAUAAGACAGAAUUGUCCACGUUAGAUCAACGUUAUAAUGAACGCAAACAAGCAGUAAGAGAAGCGCAACAGCAAUAUAGUAAUGCUCUUAAUGAAAUUAAGACAGGAAUUGAAGGAGCAUUCAUUAAUGUAGUACAUUCAAUUAAUCCACUUAAGGCUAUUCCGCAAUUAAUUGAACAUGGUAAUGUUGAUGGACAAAGAGAUGCAAAAUAUAAAGCUGGAUUAGCUCAGACUCGGCUACGUGAAGCUGAACAACAGUAUGAGAAAUUGUGGAAUGAAAUUAAACAACAUCACAACAAAACGAUUGAACUUGUUGUUAGCAUUAGCGUACUUAAUAUGACAAAAAUUAGUUACGACGAUUUAAUUGUAUUAUUACAGGAAGCAAUGACAGUGUUAGGUCAAUUAGGUGAACACUGGAGCAACUUAGCUUCGUAUUUUGAGAAAAUAGCUAAUAGAGCUAAUUUUCUGCGUAACAAACGAGUGGAAUCAUUUAUUUUGUACACAAAUUCUAUACAAAUUGAAGAUCGUACAUUUCUUGAAGAAAUAAAAGAAUCUGCAAUUGAGAUUCAUAUAGAAUCAUAUGCAUUAUUUAGUGCAUCAAAAACAUAUGUUGAUAUAUCUAGUAAAUAUAUAUUACGACAACUUGGUGGUCUCGCAAAAAGGAUAGCGCCAUACAAUGAUACAAUAGGAGAACAAUAUCUGAAAGAAUUAAGAAAUGAUACAAUUACAACUGAAAAAGAAUUAGUGCACUUAUUUGAACAACGUAAAGCAAUUUAUCAUGGUGUUGUACACAAAAAACAAACAGAAUUAGGUGAUUUUAUAAAAAAAUUAGAUCGUGCAAUUACUGAUGAUAAAAAACCACUUGGUCGUGUCAAAGGCAGACGUGGUUGA